AUCAAAACAACCGGAUCCGUACGUAACAGUUCGUGUCGGGCCCACUCGCGACUCGCUUGUGCGCACAUCGCCGCACGGAAUGUGAUACCGUCACCGGCGAAAACAAUAAAUUAAAAUAAUAUCAUUUAGACACGACAGUGAGCGACUUGUAUGCCUUGUAUUGACGAUAAAAUGGAUUACGAAAGUGUACCGUUACUGGUGAACCGUUACAGGACACCGGUCGUCGACAGUUACCAGAGUCUGCAGGUGAGUAGUACCAUUGAUUGUAUGAUUGGAUUAUAAUAUUUUAUUGUUGUAUAGGAUUAUUAUGUUCACUGGUGGUAAGUACUUAGACAAUAUUAUAUUAUAUGAGACGGGCGUGUUAAUGUUCUUCUGGGCCGCAUUCCGCAUUAUACUUAAAGGACCCGAAACUGCGUAGGUACGUCAAGUGGCAUAAACAGUUGAAUGAUGAUCAAUAAUUCUGUUGUAUAGGUAUUGAAACCUAUAUACUAACUAUGAGCAGUGUUUACUGCCAGAUCCGUGGCGGUAAAUAACCGCAGGUACCUUCAAUACAUUACAGGAUUUUAAAGUCAUUUAGAUUAGGUAAUAUUUUAUUAUCCAAGAAUAAUUUGUGUUCGUUCGAAAAUACUGUCCGUUUUCAAAUAGGUUAAUGUAAUAAAUAAUAACAUGUAUCUAAUAUGAUAGAUAUUACCUACGCCAUGGGCGCCGGGUUUUUCAAUUUUCAUGAGGUGCCCAAAAUCCUAAAAUUAUAACUUGUAAUCAAAAUAAAAAAAAAAAAUCAACAGAGCAUUAGUCCUUUACUGAUUUUAUUUUUGUAUUUUGGGAGGGAGGCGAUGAGGCGUCAUCGACCAGAGGCGGUAAACUUUUUUUUUUGGAGGUCUUCAAAUAGACAGUAACUUUUUUUUACCCAUCACCAAAAAAUAUGCCCAGAAGUGUAAGUUUUCUUAAUUAUGCCUAAGGUUGGUAAAACUAUAAAUGCCUCUCUGCCAAAAUCCUAAAAAUAAUGAAGACUAAGUACUAAUUAUAUCUACUAAUAACAAAUUAUAUUUUUAAAUAAAUAGGAAAUAUCAUUAUUUUUGUCCAUACAGAAUUUAAUAAUAGUUUAAAAUAGUUUAAAAUAAAAAGUUGUAUAAUAUAAGUAUAUAUUUUUUCAUUUUUGAAUAAAUCUCAAACGAAUUUUGUCUCACUUUGGUCGUAUUAAUAAAUUUGUCAAUGUUUAUUUUAGGCUCUGAGUGGAGCGAAGAAGCUUAUGGUUUUACAAAGAUGGUUUUUUUUUUUUUUAUCUGUUUCCAACUUUUCCACCAAAAGACUUGCUCAGAGUAGCACCUUUCUGAGAAAAAAUCGAUGUGGGGAGGUACUUUAGGAAGAUUAUUUUUUGAUUUUCUCAGGAGUUUUCCCAAUAAAUAGUAAAUACCGAGAAAAAACGGGGUAAAAUCGGUACAAUAAUUAAACAAAUAUUAUUAAAGAAAAUAUACAAUACCUAUUUAAUUAUUUUACCAUAAUAUGACAUUUAUAUUGUUGACAAAGCAUCAACUGAACUGUGCUCAGAAUUGUUUUUUCGUUAACAAUGGUUAAUCGUUGCUUACAGAUAUACAUUAAAUUACCUAUAAUAGUGGCUGCACUUGUCUCCAUUAUCCUAGGACGUCUUUUUCUUUUUCUUUUAUGUGCAUGUAAUAUCACUAUAUUGUUAAGUCCUAUUUGUGUUAUUGUGACCUUUUUAAACGCCGAAGAGCAGAAAAAGAACGCUCAGCUGUAUACGAUGAAACUGGUAUGGUUAAAAUAAUUUUUGAAAACUUAUAUUUGCCUUUUCUAGAUAUGGUAACAUUUUUUAACCAUUUGAACCACUUAAGAGCUUUUUAUACAAAUUUUAAUUUUGUGGGUCAUUUUUAUUUAUUAGAUACUCUGUGAAUAAAAUUGUUAAACUAAACAAAAAUAUUUGACAAUUGAACAGGAGGUUAACUUUUGUGAGGGUACUAAAACUUAAUAUGCUUCCUAAAGCAUAAAAACAUCGAUUUCCCAUAUUAUAUUAUACAGAUAAGGAUAGGGUCAUGAGCAAUGUAUCUUCGUUUGACCACCUAUACCCGACCUAAUAUUAUGGAAUAUAAUAAAAUUACUGAGUGUGAAGACACAAACUUCAAAAUAGAUUAACCUCGUAUUUAUUUAUUAAAAAUAACGAUUAUACCUUAGAAUUGUAUUCAUAUUUAUGAUAUUAUAUUUUAUUAACGGCUGCUAUACAGAAACAAACGCGGUUUGGCUCACGAGCGAUUUUUUUGAAAAAAAAAUAUUUAUAUUUGAAAUGUGUGCACUCUCCGUUGAACAUUUAGGUUCUAUAGAAAAAAAAGAAUAGAUUUUCAUUCGUGUAGUGUAGUAUAAAUAGUAUAUAAUAAUAUUUAAACACAUCAUGUUCAUGACAACUUUGCAUUAUUAUGCCGGAUUAAGAAUAACUUCGAGUAAAAAUUGUAGGUAGUAUAUUAUGAAGUAUAAACUAAUAUUUACAUUAUAAGUGAUACCAAUGGGGACGCAUAAUUAUCCGAAAAGUAAUUAUUCGAAACGUGAAAAUUCUGGAAUCUGAAAGGUUUGUACCUACCACAAUAAUUCGGAAAAUAAAAAUUCUGGAAAGUAAAAAUCUGGAACUUAAUAUUUUUGAAAAUAUAAAGCCUGGAACAAUUAUAAUCUGGAAAGUAAAAAGACGUCCUAGGAUAAUGUGGACGGGUGCAGCCAUUGUUAUAGGUAAUUUAAUGUAUAUCUGUUAGCAACAAUCAACCAUUGCUUAUUGAUAAUAAUGAUAUUAAUGCUUUAUCAACAAUAUAUAUAUAGCAUAUUAUGGUAAAAUAAUUAAAUAUGCAAUAUAUAUUAUCUUUAAUAAUAUUUGUUUAGUGUACCAAUUUUCUCGUUUUUCCCGGUUUUCCCAUGUUUUUUCCCAGUUUUUCAUAUUUGCUAUGAAAAAUGAAAAAUUACCUCCCUAAAGUAUCUCCCUGGUCAAAUUUAUUUUUAUAAAUAGUGUCAUCCUUUAAAAUCGGAGCAAAAUGUCUCAUAGAAAACAGUGAAGUUGUUCACAGAAAAAAAAAAAUAAAAAAUAAACAAUAUUGUAAAACCAAAACUUUCACUCCAAUCAGAAUCUAAAAUUAAAUCUUCAAUGCAUCAAUUACAUAACAGUCUAUACCAAAAAGGUGUCUUGUCGUUUUUUGAUUGGAGCAAUGUUUUUGAUGAAAAAGUUCUUAACAGACAGACAAAUAUAAAAACAAAUUCACGACUAAAUUUGGGAACCAAUAGUUUUUGUCUAUAAUAUUACAAUUCCGAAAUUGUAUGGUUCGGGUUUUCUUUUUCCAAAUUAUAGCGGUUGCGCACUGGAUACUUUCCGAAAUAUUAAAUUCCAGAUUUUUACUUUCCGGGAUUGUACGGUCUGGGUAUUUACUUUCUGGAAAUAUACGUUCCGGGUCAUAGAGAUCCGGGUUUUACAUUCCGAAUUAUAAUGGAACGAGCUUUUGAGGGGCUAUAUUUCCCGGACCGUAAUAAAAAUAAAAAAGUUGUUAUUAGUUAAUUUUGUUUUCUGGAGCAAAUUACUUGAUAAAAACGGAUUUUUACAUUUAUUUCUUAUUUAAUACUGAAAAAUGAUAGAGAUUAGGGUGGCAAAACGAAUUUUUUUUGUUCAAUACUGACACUGGUAAAGCCGUACGGGACACUUAGUAUUUUUUAAAACAGAAACGAAUGUGUCAACAUUAUGCAUUAUUAUUUAUUAACCCGUUCUUAGUUAUUUAUAAGUGCAGCGCUCACUCGGUUGUUAUUUUACUGGUUUUAAUUUUUUUAAUUUUUUAAUUUUAUAAAUGUAUACUUUUUCUUAUCUCAUCUGGCCACCUGGGGAUUUUUCAAUAAAUAAAAUCACUAUAAAUUAAAAAUAAUAAUAUUUGUGCAUUAGUUUUUGGUUGAGAAAUAUUAUGAAUUAUAAGUUCCUCCAUAUUAUUUAACUCUACGCCGUGGAUGGAAAUAGUUUCACAACGAAUACGGUUAUAGUAUUGGUACCUAAUAUACAUUUUCUGUUAUUAUAUUUCAGGAUAAUUUUGGUACAAAACAGUCCGAACACCAAAAUAUUGUAUAUACAUGGACAAACAUUAACGUGCAUACAAAACAAAAUAAAACUAGGAGUUAUUACGAGUUUUUGACGCCUUGUUGCUCGAACAAUGCAAGAACAAAAUUCCGGAAAAAAUUAUUAUUAAAAAACGGUGAGUAUAUACAAAUAAAUGACAAUUCGUCUUUUAUUCCAGUCUAUUUCUACGUUCUAUGUGAUCCAUCUGGUUAAGGUUUUUUCCAUCCAGUGAUUUUUAUGUAACUUUAUGGGUGUUUUUGUGGGAUGAUGUUGAACUUCUGAUUACUAUAUUCUCUGAUGCUGCAAAUGAUGUACGUCAUAAUCCGUUUCAAUUGCUUAUGGUAUGGGGGCUUUCUUUUUCAUUACUUAUGGUAUGGGAAUUUUCUUUUCCUAUCAUCGGAGUAAAGUAAGUUUUCUUUCCACAUUUUUCAUUUAGGUUGCCCUAAAAUAGCUUGACGGCAUAACUUGGUAGUCAAUCAAAUGCUUCAGCUAAUUCAUUAUUUUUUAUUUAUUAUAUUUUUAUUUCAGUAUUUUUUUUCAAUAAAUUAAAACAAGUUUUAACCCUUAAAAACAGUGUACAUUUUAAAUUUGAUUUUAGGAUCUCAAAAACAUACAAAUAGAUAUGUCACAUCAUCAAUUACAUAAAUAUAAAUAAAUACCCUCUCUCAACCUCCUAAAUAAUGGUUGAAUAUUAAAACUGAUUAUACAUUUUGGUUCUGCAACCGUUCAAAUUCAUGAUUCGCCAUACUUUGGUGUAAAAUUUAAUGAUUACUAGUUUUGGCCAGCUUUUUUUUUGAUUUUAAAAUACUGUAAUAUGGUUUUAUAUUUUGGUAUACUGCAAAUAAACUUUCAAAAUUAUGUCUAUCUGUUAAGGCCUUCGCACACGCUAGAUUUUACUUGCAAUAGUUCUGAGCUUGUAGAGUUCUGUCAUGCACUUUACACGUAAUCAAAUAUCUGUCACUUUUUUUGCUGGCAAUUGUGGUACCGGAGAACUAUGGUAAUGUAUUCUGUCCUAAACUGUGAUAUUUUUACACUUGAUAAAUUUUUGUUUAUCUGUCUGGAGUAACUAGACAACAAGUAAUAGUAACUACUGAAUAAUUAUAUAAUUUUCUCUUUGUUUUAUUGAAUUAAAAUAGUCCGUGAGUUACUUUAAGUACCAUGGCUGCUCAAACCAGAGCGGCAGCGGCAAUUGUUGUUUAUUUAAUAUUAGAAGAUCGAGAACAAUUUUAAUUUUCGUGUAUCGAAAAAUUAUGAUGUGGCAAUGUAUCUGCAAUAACCUUGUGUAUUUCAAUCAUGUUCUAGAGCAGGGGUGUCCAACCUUUUGUGAAGACUGGCUACAUCAUGUAAGUAGAAGUUGUUGUGAGCCACAUUUAUUUUAAUAUCUAAUAAUACACUUUAUUUAUAAUUUUAUCUUAACGAAUAACGAGUAGAAAUAUUUUUACGAACUAUUAUAUUUUAUUUAUAAUUAGAAGAAAACAAUUUUAAAAUUACUUAUUUCUUACUUUAGUUACCUAUAUUAUUUUCCUGAUCGCUAUUAGAACCCAAUAAAGGUAAAACUUUCAUAUAAUAGUAUAUACUAUUAAUUAGUAACUUAAAGUUUAUUUAAUUUUUAUAUUUGUAGUUUUAUAUUAAUAAAAUAAAAUUUGUUCUCAUAAUAUUAUACGUAAUUAAUUGAUGAUUUUGAAAUUGAAGUGAAGGCCACAUUAAAAUCAAUUAAUUCAAAAAAAAGCCCGCAAGUCGUGGGUUGGACACCUUUGUUUUAGGGUAAUAAAUAUGGUUAGCCGACAAUCAGAUUAACAGAGAUAGCAACCAGUUAAACCAGAUAAGGUUUCGCGGCAUUUAUACUGUAGAUAAAAUAUUCUGACACUAUAAUUGGGAACACGGAAAAUGAUCUCUGCUCCAAGUCAUGCGCCAAGUUGCAGUUUUUCUAAAGUGGUUACCAUUAUCGUGCCCGUGAAUAUGACAUGUAACGGCAGCGUGAUUGUACAAUCGUUAAGAACCAAUGGCUAUAACGGUGGAUAAGAACAACGGAUCGUGAGUGCCAAGGCUCAUUUAUACUCCCGACUAUAGAGUUCACCAGAGUAUAAAAUUUCAAUUUGGAAGUAACUCAGCCGCGUGUUUACACGUCUCUAGUUAUCACUGGCAGCUUUGUUCCUAGAGUUCUGGCAAAAAAACUCUAGCGUGUGCGAAUCUUUAGGCUUAAGAAGUAUAUACGAUAAUGUUUGAUCUUAAUUUGUUCUAUCUCUGUCCAUUUAAUUUCCUGCAGGACUAUUACACUAAUACUAUACGCCUCUAGUACCUCUAUCAGGUAUUAGGCUGCACCAGUUUUUAAAUACUCGUUAUAAUCCAUAUUGAAAUGUAUUGGUUUUACCAUGAAGUAUUUUUUGUUUUUUAUAUGAAUAACUUUUUAACUAGUAAUUUUGCUCUGAUUUUCAGUGAUAGCGUUUUUUCUAAAAGGUAAUCUGACUGGGUAGGUACUUUGAGGAGGUCAUUUUUUGAUAUCUUCAAGAGUUUUCCCAACUAAUAAGAAAAACCGGCAAAAACGUAGGAUAAACGGAAAAAUAGGUAAAAUAUUAAACUAACAUUAUUAAAGAAAAUAUCGUUCUUUUGUUAGCAAUGGUUGAUUGUUGGGUGCAAGUAUACAUUAAACUUCCCAUAUACUAUCUUGCCAACUCCUCACCCACAACAGUGGCCUACCCACACUCGAAGUAUGUCCGUAUUUUUACUAUUAUUAUUGUUAUUUUUCGGUUACAGUGAGCGGUUCGGCCCGACCUGGUGAACUGUUGGCUUUAAUGGGAUCCAGUGGGGCGGGAAAAACGACGCUGUUGAAUUCAUUGACUUUCAGGAGUGAUAGGACCGUAACAGAGACCGGUGUCAGGACCAUCAACGGAGUGCCGGUCAACAGAAAGUUGCUGACUGCUAUUUCCGCGUAUGUUCAACAACACGAACUCUUCAUCGGGACCCUCACCAUUUGGGAACACUUGGUUUUCCAGGUGCGAUCAUCCUUUUCUCCGAUUUUUGUUAGUCGAAGACCAAAACUUAUUCUUAGUUAACCUUCUAAUCUUGUCACUAAUCUAAGUGAGCAAUCUGCACGGUCCGAGUUUUUAAAGGUGAAAUUAAGACUAGAACCAGACCAGAUUGAUGAAAUAAACCAUGCAACUAAACUGGGCUAGAUAGAUUUUUCUCAAUUAAAAAAAAAUAGGACUGGACAAUAUUUAAUUAUAUAAAAUAUUUGUCCAGACAGGGCUGAAUCACAGAGGGACUUAUUUAUUGUUUAUAUAACACUUUUCAUUUUUUUUUACUUUAUACGAACACUAUUCAGUGCCGGAUGGAGAAUUCGGCUCACCGAGUUUUAGGAUUUUCACCGACCCAGAAUUAUACAAAAUAAAUUAAAAUGAUCAAAUUAACAUAAUCUCAAUUCAGAAAAAGUAUAAUUUUGCAUGAUUCACCCGAUUGUCUUGGUAGCUCGCUAGUUCAAGCAUGAAUAAUUAUUUAUAUAAUAUGUAUAGUUUUUUACACGAGACAUCGACGAAUAAAUAAUAGUUUAGUUUUUUUAUUUUACGUACUGAAUGUAAUUAAAACUGUAUGAACACUGGCAGUUGACACUCUAUUAAUAUUUAAACCGGACAGUACCUAAAUGUAUGGAUAGAUUUGGUUGGACCGUUUUUUCUCAAAUAAACUGCUAAUUUGAACAUUUACACCGAAUCGGAUCGAACCGUUGUAAAUUCCAAAAACAAAAAUAUCAAAAAGACCGGUCAUAUACAACUAUAUAUCUGAGAGGCAUGUCAAUGCCUGAGGUACUUUAAUGGACCUAUUUGGUAAAAUUUUAAAACUGUCACUUUUACAAAAUAUGUGUUGAAGUAUAAAAAACUAUCUGAGAAAUAUCGGUAAAAAUUUUUUUUAAAAUUAUGAUUCAAAAUUUAAAUUUCCGAAUUAAAUUUCUCCAAGCUUACGGUUUUCUACGUCACGUAUAUUAAUAUGAAUAGUUUUACACAAAUUACUAUAGUGUAUACGAUUUCAGUUUAAACCGAAAUAACAUAAAUCGGUUAAAUUCGGUCAAAACCGAAACCGGUCAAGAUUGUACUAGGUAAAACGUUUCAGUUACACAAUCAAAAAUCAAAGUUCAAUGUAUUCCAUAGAACGUUUUGCUUUUUCCAACAGAAAAAAAAAAAAUUUAUUUUAUUCGGAUCGCUAUUUACAAGGCAUGAGAGGUUUUUCUAUAAACCAUGGUCAUGCGCAAGCAAAAUAAUAAAACUGAUAGAUCUAUUUGUAAAGAAUUAUUGAUUUAUUAAGACGUGUAAAUUAUAAAAUAUGUAAAAACAUUUUUACUAACUACAGUUUGCGAAACGGCACGAGUAUAAAUAGUUUUGAUUUUAAUAUUUGUGAUCUAAUUAUAUUAUGUAUCACUAAAAACAUAGGCAGACACAAUAUAUCUAAUUAUUCGACAUAGGUAUAUAAAAUAGAAUUAUUUACAAUUUUAAGCGUCAUGAUUUAUUCAAAUUUUAAAUUUAUUGACAGGCGUUGGUGCGGAUGGACCGUCACAUACCGUACGAGAAACGAAUAGCCAGAGUUGAACAAGUCAUAAAAGAUGUGAGUUUCCAAAUAUUUCAUAUAUUACUAUUAUAAUAUCAGUAAAAGUAUAAAAUAUAAUUGUUAAUUUUUAUUAUUAUUUUUUUUGUUUGGUCUGUGUAGCUAUCAUUGGAAAAAUGCAAAAACUCUAUCAUAGGUGUAACCGGAGAAUUAAAAGGACUAUCCGGUGGUGAAAUGAAACGCCUCUCAUUUGCAUCCGAAGUGAGAACGAUAGUUAUUUAAAUACUCAAACCAUGAAUAACACACAAAUCUUAAAGAACUACACAUAUUGUACGGACCGGGAGUGAAUAAUAAGUAGCGCUCUCGGAUACCAACUACUUCGCGCGCAGUGUAUACGGCACCGCGAGUAACUAUUUAGACGUAGACACGCUAUCUACACCGACCGGACCGGUUACAAUAAUAUUUUGUGUACAUAUGUAAGAUGUAACUGUAGCUCAAUCAGAAGUGAUUGGGGACGCCCCGUAAAUUCUGACGAGCUACGUAUUGGUGUGAUGAGUAUGGGUGUGUGGGUGUGUACAUAAAUAAACUAUGGACAUGGUAAAUUUAUUAAAAUAAAUGGUAAACGAGUUUAAUGGGUAACUAAUGUUACUGUAUAAUUAAAGUACGGCCCUUUUGGCUGAACAACACUAAAACAAAAUAUACAGAAGACAAAUUCACAGCAACACGUAUACAUAAAAAAUUAUAACAUUACAAGGUAAAAAAAUAAUAGACACAAAAAUUAUUGUCUGCUUGGCAAAACUCUUUCACUGCUGUAUAUUUUAUUACAUUAUUUGAAAAUUAUUUUCAAAAAAGAACUACUAUCCUUGUUCCUCAUGUUCUUCAUAUACGAUAUCAAAAUUCUACUUCAAUAUUAAUUUUUAUUAAAUAUUGUAGGAAUAUUAAUAAUUGUAAUAUUAUUUAAUAUCUUGAAUCUAUUAUAAAAUUAAUUCAAUAUUUUGAAAGAAUAGAAAUGCAAAAGAAUAUUUCACAUGUAUCAUAAUAACUCAUAGCCUUUACAUUAUAAUCUCGUUAAACACAGCAUAUUUUAAAUCUAUAUAGGUUUUGACAGAUCCUCCUCUGAUAUUUUGUGAUGAACCCACAUCGGGACUUGAUUCAUUUAUGGCACAUAACGUUAUUGGUAUGCUUAAGAAUAUGGCGUCUAAUGGCAAAACGAUAAUUUGCACCAUCCACCAGCCGUCUUCAGAAAUCUAUUAUAUGUUUGAUCGAAUAAUGUUGAUGGCUAGCGGCCGGACGGCUUUUUUCGGUGUGCCCAACGAAGCGAUCACAUUUUUCAAAACGUAAUGUAAUAUUUAUAUUUAUAAUGUAUAUUAUAGUAUUAUUCCUUAAAUAUUUGUAUAGAAACUUGAUUUAGAAUAGUUGUUUUAACAGUAAACAGAUAUCACAACAAAAACCCUCCAUCAACUACAUGUAAAAACCACGCUAAGAAAAAAUAAACCCAAGUUAGAAAAGUUAUGAUAUUAUCAAAAAGUGGCUAAGUAUUUUCUUAAAUUCAUUAGUAUAGAAAUAUAAUUAUUUGUAUUUGAUGAAGUACGAUGAUUUAAUACAAACAAUUUAACUUAGCUAGGUGUCUACUAAUAUUUACGACUAAAAAUAAAGAUAUAAUGCUGACAUAAAUAUUUACAUUCCCAUUUUAUAAUUUAUUAAUAUUACCAUUAUGCUAUUUAAAUACAUAGGUACUAUGAGUAGCCGCCAAACUUAGUUAAAUUAUUUGUAUACUUCAUCAAAUACAAACAGAAACUAUAAACAAUUUCUAUACGAGUGAAUUUAAGAAAUUGCUUAGCCUCUUUUUGAUAUCACUAACUUGAGUUUUUUUUUUCUUAGUGAAGUUUUUACACGUAGUUGAUGGAUGGUUUUUGUUGCAAUAUCACUUAUUUAAUAUAUUUCACACGUAUUAUAACUAAUAUAUCUUAUUAUGAAUGUUGCUGGAAAAUAAUACUAUAUAGCAAAAAAAUUGUUUUUUAUUCACUGCAAACAACCACCAUCGCAAAUAGGUGAUAACAUGCCUACAACAUAUUACAUAUACGUUGUUAAAUUGUUGAAAAAAAUAGCGUUUCGAGUAAAAUCUAUACUAAUACUUUUACAUAUUAUUCAGGCUGUAAUUUUGAAAUUUACAAAAUUACUUAACAUGCUGAAUAACCCGUUUAAAUUUCAAAACAAUCAGUCCAUUAGUUUAAGCUACAGAGAUUUUGAACCAAUUGUCGUAAAAUUACACGGGUUAAAUAGGAAUUGGCCAUCUCGUGUAAUGUACUUCGGUCGACGUACAAGCUCUUUUUUUUCACUUAGGUCUAAACCGCGACCAUGGAACUGGGUAUUGUAGCUUUUAUAAAAUUAAUAUGUUCAGUCUCAAAUCACUGGGCCGACAUUUAAUUGCUAGGUAUUCAACUAGGUAAGAGAUUUUAGCUUCGAAAUUGAUACUACGAGUACUUCGAAAUUUAUUAAAAAUAUAAUUAAUCCCGUUGGCUAAUAAAUUGCAGGCUUGGCGUCGGUUGUCCAAAGAACCACAACCCAGCUGACUUUUUUGUUCAGCUGUUGGCUAUUGUGCCGUCACAAGAGUUACGUUCAUGCAAAACAAUCGAUACGGUAUGCGAAGAAUACGAAUGUUCGUUGUAUAAAUAUAGUGAGAUUAUAUACCAAAAAAAGUUGUUUUCCAGUAAAAAAGUAAGUUGAUGUUCGAUAUAUUUGAAGACCUAAACCCGUUAAUAUUGUGAUUUGGUUCUUUUCUGAUCCAGCUCUCUUGGAGCAGAUUACACUUAGACGGUCUACAAAACAUCUCGUCUCCUUACAAGGCCUCGUGGACCGAACAAUUAUCAGCUGUUUUGUGGCGUUCGUGGCUAAGCGUCAAGAAGGAACCAGCCCUGGUUAGAAUUAGGCUUGCUGAAACUAUAGUAAACGUGUAAUAUUGCAGCGGGCCAGACCACAAUCACUUGACCUAAAUAUUCUUUCAGAUCGUAGCACUCAUGAUGAGUUUUUUUUUCUACGACCAGCAUCUGGAUCAGGAUGGCGUGAUAAGCAUUAAUGGAGCCAUUUAUUUGUGCAUAACGGUUAUGACUUAUCAGAAUAUGUGGUCUGUUAUUAAUGUGAGUACUCGUAUUUAUUUAUUUUUUUUUUGGUUUAUGCUUAAUGAUAUUAAUAAUUGUCUAGUUAUUAAAUAAUUUUUGAUACAUGUAUGUAUGCAGGUAUUCUGUUCAGAACUACCGGUAUUUUUGCGAGAGCAUCACAAUGGCAUGUAUCGAACGGACGUGUACUUUUUGAGUAAGACUUUGGCUGAGGUACCGUUAUUCUUGAUUAUACCUGUGUUAUUUACAUCUAUACUGUACUAUGCAGUAGGACUGAAUCCGAAGUUCAUACAUUUCAUCAUAGCCAUUAUACUCAUAUCGCUCGUCAGUCAGGUGGCCGUUUCGGUGGGUGAGUAUAAAUCACCCAAAUGCGCUGAAUAUAAAUAAUUAUUUUACGGUAUUAUUAAUUACUCAUUUACAAUAUCGUGUUUUUAUGACCUAUUAAAUCGAUUAAGUACGUAAUCAGGAUGACAGUUGUGAUGAUUGUCCCAGAAGCGGAUUUUAAGGGAACUUUUUUUUUUCCUAUAAACUGUUAGCUAUAUUCUGUAGGUAAGUAACGAUAAACCAUUUCUAACGAAAAACCGAUUAUAAGCGGAGUUCAGUUGAUAAUGAUGUUUUGUUAACAAUAUAUAUGUCCUAUUAUGGCAAAAUGAUUAUAAGGAGAUUAUAUAUUUUCUUUAAUAAUAAUUGUUUAAAACUGUACUGAUAUUACCGUUUUUCCCAUGUUUUUCUCGAUUUUUAACACUUAUUGAAAAAACUUUUUGAAAAAUGGAAAACUGACCUCCUUAAAGUACCUUCCUAGUUAGAUUUUCUUUUAGAAAAAGUACUAUAAUUGUAAAUCGGAAUAAAAUAGUUGGUAUAUAAUUUGUUCACAAAAAAAAAAUUUAUAUACUACUAAUAUAUUUCGUAUAUUCUCCCAAUUUUUUUUUCAGUUUUUCACAUUCGUUGAGAAAACAGAGAUAUCGAAAAAUUAACUCCCUGUUGUUCCACCCCAACAAAAUUUUCUUUUAGAAAAGUUGCUACAUUGUAUGCAUUGUACAUCGGAGUAAGAUUUUUGUUCGUCAACAGAUAUAACAGUUGUAAAAUCAUAAGCUUCUUCGCUCCACUCAGAAUUUAAAAGAAAGUUAUGUGCAACUUAUGAUAGGAUAAUGAAUACAUUUUAUCCUUUAUUUGAUAUAUGUCAUUAUGGUAUAGAGCUCAACAAAUUUAAAAUCGUCUCUCCCCCUUGAUGUUUCAUCAAAACUUCCACUGCAUUGUCCCUGUUAGGAAAUAAGAAAGGUAGUAGAUAAUAGAUUAGUAGGCUGAACAAACCAAAAAAACAUUUUGCAGUAUUCAACCUACUCAAUUCCCACUCAAUAAAUUGCAUAGUACAAUUUAUUCCAUAAUACUUUAAUAGUAAUAAACUAAUAACUAGUAAGCAUGAUCUCAUGAGGACAUCAGGGAGGGAGGAAAUGUGUACCAGUUUGGACAUGAAAUACAGUUAAAACUCUCAAAAGGCAUACCCUGGAUAUCAAUUGAUUCCUCUGGUUUCAAUUGAGGAGUCUGUAGGGGUACACAAAGAUAAAAGCAUCCUUAUCCUUGCUUAACAUUCUCAACUUCUGAUUUUAAAUUAAUUCCAUUUUUAUCAAUUCAAACAGUUCAAACCGCUCAUAAAACAACUUAAAUUCCCAAGUAUAAGCUUUGUAAGAAGAAACAAUUCAACCCAUCGUUCGAUGGGUCAACAUUGUUCGAUACAGUGAAAAAGUCUACUAUUUUUGAGGCAAAUUCGGCAGUUCAAAUUUAACUCAAUAUGUUUAUCAGUACAAGCAACAGAUAUAAAAUCGAAAAUAUUUAGUUCGAAAUAAAAAUUGUACGGGUUCAUUUUGAUUGUUAUAGGUUAUUUGGUAUCGUGUGCAAGCGUGAAUUUGAGAGUUGCACUUUUUAUGAGUGCCGUGACAUAUAUGCCUUUCAUGCUGUGCGGUGGUUUUUUUUUAAAUAUCGAGUGAGUAUAAUAAUUGAAUGUUAUAAUACUGUGAUAUGAUAAUAUGUUUAAUGAUUAUGUAUGUAUUGUUAUGUAAUGUUAUAUCACUGAUAACUAUCAGGUUCGGGCUAAAGAAAGUCAACUGUAUUUUCAAAAUUACAUUAUUAUUUAUUUUCGUAUGUUUAACGUUGAAUUGGGUUCUUAUAAGUUGUCAAACAUUUAAACAUUAUAUUUUGUGUGUGGUCAAUCAUGUCUUUUAUUUGUAUGUAUCAUGCAUCAUUAAGUAUUUCUACUUAGUCGAACGGCCACUUCUUUAUUUUUUGAUUUUCCAUUUUGGUAAAUAUAAUAUAACCAAAAAAUAACAAGAAAAUACACAUUACCUACAGGUACUAUAGGUUGAAGUAAUAACAAUUAAGUGAUUAAUAAUUAAAAUUUACUUAUCAAUUAUCAAUAUAAUAUAUAGUUUAUAACCAUAUGACAAAAUGAUAAUCUCUGGUUGGUCAACGCUUAAACAUAUCAAGGAAUUAAUCAAAGUUAUUAGGACAUGUUAAAUCAUGAAAUCCAUUUUUCUAGUGGUAAAGUUUUCAAAACAUUUGAGUCAUUUUCUAGCUAUUAAUUAGAUAUUUUAAUUUUACGAGUUUUUAAGUAAUUUUUAUUCGGUACUUCUAACAGGAGAUUCAAUAUAAGUCGUCCUUUGUGGUGAAAAAAAAACAAUAAUAACUGAGCGUAAUGUAUAGAAACUGUCUAUAAGAAUUUUAAUAUUAAAUUUUGACGAAAAUCAUAAAUAUUACAGCCUUUAAAAACAUGUUUACCCGAAUUUUGCUCGGAAUCGUUUUUUUUCAUCAAUGAUUAAACACUGCGUACAAAUCUACAUUAAAUUUCCCUCUAUAUCCUAAUUUCCCAAAAUCUCACCUAUAACAGUGGCCAGCCCAUCUUGUGAAAUAUAUUUGUCUUUUUAUUGUAAGUACUAUACGUCUACGAAUAAUUUGCAAAUAUUGCUUUUAUGCCAUUCUGAAAUUCGAUAAAAUGAAUGUAGAGGUCAGAGGUGAAAAGAUAAUGAAUUGUUUGUACACAAGUUAUUAUGUAUACUUUGGUAGUCUUUUAUAAAGAUAUAGGUACAAAUAUAGUUAUAGAUAUAGGUAUAGUUAUAUUUUUUAAACGUGGUAUAAUUUUCAUAAUAGUCUUUCGAUUUUUGUAUUAUUGAAUCAUUUGAAUUAAUUAAAAUUAUAGUUUUUAUUUCAGUUCUUUUUAGGAUACCAUUUUUUUACGUUUAAUGCUUAUAAUAAUAUUGUACCUUUUCCUUAUUUAUAAAUAUUAUUUGUUUUCAAGAUCAAUUCCGUCCUACUUCAGAUGGCUUAGCAUUUUUUCAUGGUACAAAUAUGCAAACGAAGGACUACAAAUCAACCAGUGGUCCGAUAUCGAGUCAAUCCAAUGCAGCAGUUUAAAUACAACGUGUUUGCGUACUGGUGACGAUGUCUUGAAGUCAAAUAGCUUUGUUUAUGUAAAAGCAUAUUUGUAUAAAACAUAACUUAAAACAACGACUUAAUCUCAAUUAGACUUUAUUGUACACUAAUUCCUAUUAUUCACAUCGUUAUGCUAAAGAGAAACAAAUGAGGCAAAUAUCUGAAGGAGCCAGGGGAAGUGGGUGCUUAACACUCAUAAUUAGCGGUACAAUACACAGUGGUCAUUUAUCGAUAUAUAAUGCUUAUUAUCUCGAAAAAUAUCUUAAAAAGAUAGAGUGUUAAAUACAUAUUGGUGUUAACAUUAUGAUUUCCAUCAAUUCGUUGACAAGAUAUUCUAAUUUUAAGUUUUGGUAGAGGUCAGUCGUGGAACACAAUUUAUGUGGUAGUAUGCUGCUUGAUGUUUAGUUAUGCUCCAAUACUCUCCCUUUAUCUGUACUUAAAAGUGGAAUAUUUUGUCAACGGGUUAACGGAAAUCAAAAAUAUCAUCACUAAAAUGUAUUUAAACAAUCUAUUACUCCAUAUAUUUGUGGAAUUUGUAAUAAAGGUUGCCGUUUGCCAUAGCCAAAUAUAUAGUUGUUUUACCCUAAAAAAGCUGUCCUAGGAUAAUGGGGACGAAUGGAGCCAAUGUAAGAGUUGAGAAGUUAGAAAGGUAGAAAAGGGAAAAUUUAAUAUAUAUCUGUAAGCAACGAUUAAACAUUGCUAACGAAAUAUACGAUUCUGAACGAAUUUUAGUUGAUAGUGUUGUUUUGUCAAUAAUAUAAUAUAAUGCCAUAUUAUGGUAGAAUAAUUAUAUACGCAUUAAACAUUUUCUUUAAUAAUAUAUAUUUAAUAUUGUACUUAUUUUCCCGUUUUAUCUAAGUUUUUACCCGGUAUUUCAAUCCUUUUUUUCGUUUUUCCCAUUUAUUGGGAAAAUUCCGAAAAAAAUUAAAAAAUUACUUUACUUAAAUACCAUCCCAUUCAAUUUCUUUCAGAAAACGAGAUACACCUGUGAAUUGGAGAAUAAUUUCUGAUAGGAAAGUUGUUCUUAGAUAAGAGAAAUAAUAAACAUCAUGAUAAAGUAAUACAUUCCUCGUUCCACUCAGAAUCUAAAAUAAAGGCGACAAAAUAUAUUAUUUUAAAGCUGCUUGUUUAUUAUUGUUUCUAAAAUAAAAAGAAUCUGAAAAAAGUUUAUAUUUUCCGAGAAUCCUAAAGCACAAUUAUUAGGUACGAUUAAUUACACAUGGUUUUUACAUUGAUGUUCAUCUCAGGGACUGUAACAAAAUCGAAGGAAAACCGGAAAAAUCGGUACAAAAUUAAACAAAUAUUAUAAAAGAAAACAUACAAAGCCUAUUUAAUUAUUUUAUUAUAAUAUGACAUAUAUAUAUAUAUAUAUAUAUAUUGUUGACAAAGCAGCAUUAUUAACUGAAUUCCGCUCAAAAUCGUUUUUUCGCUAGCGAUGGUUUAUCAUUGUUAUAGGUAUACAUUAAAUUAUUUAUAACAGUGGCUGAACCCGACUUCAUUAUCCUAGAACGUCUUUUUCUUUUUUCACCUGCGAUUUCCGAUUACCUGCUAUUGAUGUACACCCAUUGUCUACCUUCACAACACCACUCCUAUAACACUGGCUAAAUCCGUCCUUAUUAUCCUAGGACAGUUUUUUUUUAAUAUUGACUUAUGCUGGGAAUAUGGCCACAUACAUUUUAUUAUAGGAUACAGUCAUUUUAUAUAAAAUCGAAAGCAAAUAUGUUUAAUACACAUUUUUUUCGUUUUAUUAUUUUUCAGUCAAAUAUUAUCACGGACAUAAUUUCUUUGCUUUUAUUAAUCGUCGGCUUUCGAUUCCUGGCGUUCCUGUCUCUCCUAGUCAAAACAUCAAGAAAUUAAGCAAAAGAAAGUAAUAUAAUUAAUAUGCAUCAUAAAUAAAGUUGUUUUCGUGUAUACAUAUAUUUCAUAGGUAUUCAAAUAUCUUUAUAGAGCUCACGUUUAUUUUGUAUUUGUAAAUUAUAGUUUGAGUUACUUUUUAUACAUUAUACUAACAUGUUUAAUUUCUUUAUUUUUAGUGUUUCGUAUAUUUAUUUUAUUUUUAUAGUCAUCCUAUUUUAAUGUUACAUUAAAUCACUGAUGUUUAUCCCACCGUGGUAUGUAUUGUAGUAUUUUUUUUUAUAAUAGGAAUUUUUUUUAACAACAUACUUUUUGUAAAUAGCUAUGUUAUGGUUAAAAAUAAAAUGCUUGGAAAUCGGUACAACUGGGUAUUCUGAGGGUGUAAAAAAAUAGUCCGCAGAAAAACUUAAUGACAACUGAAAACUGUAUUAGCUAUUAUUAAAUUAAUAAAAAAAUUAACAAUGAAUAGUAAUUUAGUUUUUAAAUGUUUCAAUAAAAAUUAACACAAUGUAGAUAAAAUAAAUUAUGAUAUAUAUUCAGCCAGCCUACUAGUUGUCAGCUCAAUUCGUGGUAAACUCCGUUUAUUUUACUUAUUCAUCGCUUUCUUCUCCUUCACAAUCAGACGGCGUAAAUAAUCCUGACACUGUAAUAUACAUUUAUAUCAUAUAGAUAAUAUAAGCUA